AUGAUGUACACAACCCUCACCGCAGCCAUGCUGCUCCUCUCCAGCGCCUCGGCCUCUCCCCUCGCCGUCCGCCAGGAAACCACCACCACCACCACCCCCUCCGCCUCCGUGCCGACCCCGGCCGAGCCCUACUCCUGGUCCAAGGACUGGCAAAAGACCUUCCCCAUCCACCAGUCCUGCAACGCCACCCUCCGCGCCCAGCUCGAGGUCGCCCUCGCCGAGACGCAGUCCCUCGCCGCCCACGCGCGCGACCACAUCCUCCGCUUCGGCGACGCCUCCGAGCACGUCCGCAAGUACUUCGGCAACGCCUCCACCGCCGCCGCCGUCGGCUGGUACGAGCGCGUCGUCUCCGCCGACAAGUCCCCCAUGACCUUCCGCUGCGACGACCCCGACCGCAACUGCGCCACCCAGUCCGGCUGGGCCGGCCACUGGCGCGGCGACAACGCCACCGAGGAGACCGUCAUCUGCCCGCUCUCCUUCGAGAUCCGCCGCCCGCUCUCCUCCGUCUGCGGCCUGGGCUACAACGUCGCCAACUCCAAGCUCAACACCUUCUGGGCGACUGAUCUGCUCCACCGCGCCUUCCACGUGCCCACCGUCUCCCUCGGCCAGGUCGAGCACUACGCUGAGGACUACGCGGAGGUGCUUGACCUCGCCAAGAACAACGCCAGCCUGAGCGUGGUCGACAGCGACGCGCUCCAGUACUUCGCCAUUGACGUCUGGGCCUACGACAUCGCCGCUCCCGGCGUCGGAUGCUCCGGUGAGCUCGAGGAGGAGCACGACCACGACACGCCUGCCCCUACCACCACCGCCGCCACGCCCGCCGCGACCACCUCCAGCGCUCCUCAGGAGUGCCACACCCACGCUGACGGCGUCGAGCACUGCACCUAA